CACCAAGCAACUCCUCGACUCACUACCCCCGCCGCCGGCCGCCUCCCCCGCAAUGUUCGAGCGGACGCUGCAGGACCUGAUCCGCGGGCUGCGCGCGCACAAGGCGUCGUCGCGCGCGCAGGAGGAGUCGUUCCUCGCCGAGGCGAUGGCUGAGAUCCGCAAAGAGCUCAAGGGCAAGGACAUGCAGCUCAAGGCGGAAGGCGUGUUGAAGAUGUGCUAUCUCAUGAUGCUCUACCCCAUCCCCGCGCCGGCGGGCUUCGCGUUCAACGUGGUCGAGACGAUGAGCUCGCCGCGGUACCACCUGAAGCAGCUAGGCUAUAUGGCCGCGCCGAUGGCCUUCUCUGGCGACUCGGAGGAGGUCGUCCUUACCGUCAACAGCAUCAAGAAGGACCUGCAGUCUCCGCACCUCGCCAUACCCGCGCUACCGCUAUCAGCGCUGCCCCACCUGCUAAGCCUCUCACCAAGCCUGGCACACACGCUGCACCCCGACCUGCUGGUGCUGCUGACGCACUCGAGCCCACGGAUACGCAAGCGCGCGGUCCUGUGUCUCCUGCCGUGCUGGGAGGCGUUCCCGGACGGCCUGCGCGAGGGCUUCCCGCGCCUCCGCGAGCGCCUGCUUGACGAGGACCAGGGCGUCGUCGGCGCGACGGUCAGCGUGGUCAUGGAGCUUGCGCGCCGGCAGGGAGGGAGCAACUACCUGCCGCUCGCGCCCGAGCUGUUCGGCAUCCUCACCAAGAGCAGCAACAACUGGAUGCUGAUCAAGGUCGUCAAGCUGUUCGCGCUGCUCACGCCGCUCGAGCCGCGGCUCGUUCGCAAGCUGCUCCCCCCGCUCACGGCGCUCAUCUCGUCCACGUCGGCGAUUUCGCUGUUGUACGAGUGCGUCCGCACGUGUAUCGUCGGCGGCAUGCUCGACCCCGAUCGCGAGGAGGGCGAGGCGCUCGCCCGCGUGUGUGUCGAGAAGCUGGGUGGAUAUUUGAGAGACGAGGGAGGCGACCAGAAUCUGCGCUACAUCGCCCUCCUCGCCAUGGUCAAGAUCACCCCGACCCACCCGUACAUGGUCGCAGAGUACCAGGACGAGAUCCUGGCGAGUCUCGACGAUGCGGAUCUGUCGAUCCGCAUGCGCGCACUCGAGCUCGUGACGGCCAUGGUGGACCGCGGGAACCUGCGCCACAUUGUCGACGAGCUGCUCACGCACCUCGCCCCGCCAGAGGAGGAGGCGAGCCUGCCGUCCGCCAUGUCGUCGCUUGCCGCCGCUGCGGCCAAGACAAAGACCUCAGACCCGACAGUCACUGCGCAGAACAUCUCCCAGUCGCCAUCGUACCGCCUGCUCCUGUCCCAGCGCGUCCUAGACAUCAUCGCCCACGACACGUAUCUCCACGUCUCCGACUUUGAGUGGGUCGUGUCUGUGCUCGUUGACGUCGCGUACGUCAGCCACGUGGAUAUCGGCACCCAGGUGCACGACAUGCUGCUUGACGUCGUGGCCCGUGUCAAGAGCGUGCGCGGGUACGCUGUCAAGGUGUUGGAGCGGGUCGUUGCAGACGACGAGUUCAGGGAGCGCAUCAAGGACAAGUCGGGCGAGGACGGCCUCCUCCGCGCUGCUGUGUGGAUCUGCGGGGAGUACUCGAGUGAACUCCACUCCCCGCUCAGCACCAUCUCCAACCUCCUCACCCCUUCCCUUGCCCAGGCGCCACCGGCCGUCGUUGCGCUUUCGCUGCAUGCCGCCGCCAAAGUGUUCGGGCACUAUGCCGCGACCAUCUCGGCAUCAUGGUCGGCUGAGUUACACGAGGAGUGCAAGAACGUCGUCGCGAGCAUCCGCUCUGGUGCCGAGCCUUUCCUCUACAGCGCAGACAUCGAGGUGCAGGAGCGCGCUGUCGAGCUCACACAGCUCCUCGCCUUUGUCAACGCCGACCUCAGCAACCACGUGCCACCGAAGCGGUCUGCUCCUGUCGAGUCGAUUCCUGGCGUCGAGGGAGGCUUCGAGGAUGACGGCCAGGCCGAGGACGCAGAGCCACCCUACCCCAAGUCCUUGUUCCUCUUCGAGCCGCUCUUCACGUCGCACGAGCUCAACUCGGUCGCCUACAUGGCACAGGAGGCCGUUCGCAUCCCCGAUGGUAUCGACUUGGACAAGCCCAUCGUCCCGAACAACGGCUUCGCGGGUAUCCAGGACGACGAUGACGCUGAGAGCGAGGACGAGAAGCAGGAGGUCGACCUCGGCGAGGGCGGUGGAGCCGGUAUGGACGAGCUCCGCCGUGUCCUCCGCGACCAGGAGCGCAAGGGCAAGAAGACCAAGGGCAAGGGCAAGAAGGCCGAGGGGGAGCUCACUGCAGCUGAGAGGGCUGAGAAGCUGAAGAAAAAGGCAGCCAAGCGCGAACGUGCCCGCAACGACCCAUACUACCUCUACGACAAGAAGGACGACGUUGACGACGACGACGUUGAUGACAUCCCGAUAGUCCGGCUAGACGACUCGGAGAUGGCCGCAGCGGAAGCGCCAGCGCCGACCAAGGUCAAGUCGAAGAAGAAGCGCGCAUCAGUGCUGGCCCCACCACCAGAGUUUGACCGGAACGGCGAGAUGCCCGCGGGUGCGGCUCCAGUAGCGCCAGCAGCAGCCUCUGCAGCUAAGCCCAAGUCGGGGCUGGCGGCAGUCGACUUGCGCACCGCAGCACCCGUUGCGUCCCGGCCAAGCACCUACGACGAGUACGACGCGGACGGACUCCCGCCGCGCUCGGCCGUCGCGACGCCUGUGCCAGCGCCAGUGACAGCCGCAGCUGAGCCAGCACCGACACCUUCAAUAGCAGACGCACCGGCCGACGAGGCGCAGGCGGUCAAGGUUGUCAAGGUGAAGCGCAAGAAGAAGAAGGCGGUGGUUUAGAGGGAGUGGAGUGGA